AUGGCUGCGGUCCCUCAGAAUAAUCUACAGGAGCAAUUGGAGCGUCAUUCAGCCAGAAAACUCAGUAAUAAAGUGACUCUUUCAAAACCAAAACCUUCAGGUUUCACUUUUAAAAAGAAAACGUCUUCUGAUAACAAUGUAUCUGUAACUAGUGUGUCCAUAGCAAAAACACCUCAAACUCCCGUGCUGAGUGAUAAAGAUGUUAAUGUUGCCGAGGUCUUUUCCUUCAGUGUCACUUUACCCCACGCCUCAAGUCAGCAGACGAGACUCCAUGACUUCUUUAAAAGUGUUCCAUCAGGACAGCAGACCCCCAGAGGUGCCACAAAACCAUUGACACCAGAUUUGUUACAGACAUCACAGGAAGAUUCACAUUCGGCCCCAAACACGCCAACUCUAUGGGAAUCCCAGGAUGUUGCCUUUAAGAAAUUGGCAAUCAGUUCUUCAACAGAUUCUCUCAUUACCAGCAACGAUUGGGGUGAUCUGGAUGACUUUGAUAUUUCUGGGAAUUCCAAAGCCUUCGUUACACCAUUGAGAACUCACAGCACACGAGUGAGCACUGCCCAGAAGUCAAACAGGGAAAACAAAAACUUUGUAAAAUCACAGCUUCAUGAAGCAAAUACAUUAAAGACUGGCUGGACGCCUUCCUCCUUCAAAAGCCAGCAAGUGGAUUUAACUGAGGAACAGCAGGAUGACUCAGAAUGGUUAAAGAAUGAAGUGAUUUGCAUUGAGGAUGACUCCAUUUCUAACGGGACUCGGGAAAGUCCCUCUUUAAAAACUCAUUUGGGAGAUGAAAGAGAUAACAAUGAGAAGAAGAAAAUUUUGGAAGAAGCAGAAUUACGUUCUAUUGACAGAUCUCCAUGUAUUGAGCUUAAUGAGGAGGAUUUCGAUAAUGAUUUUGUCCCACCUUCUCCAGAAGAAGAAGCAAUUUCUGCCACGUCUUCCUCUUUAAAAAGUUUUAGCAUGGUAAAAGACCUGGACAUUUCUGACAGAGAGAAGGAUGCUCUUAGCACAUCUAAGGACCUUUCGUCAAAUCCUGAGAAAAUGACUUCACAACAGUCUAAUCAAGAAGCCGGCACAGACUGUGAUGUUGGACGGUUAAGCUUGCAGCAGCAGCUUAUUCAGGUGAUGGAAGACAUCUGUAAAUUAAUUGAUGCCGUUCCUGCUGAUCAGCUGAAUGCUUUGGAGUGUGGGCAUGAACUUCUGGAGCACCGAAAUGUAAGAAGGAAGCUCCUUGCUAAGGCAGGUUCUAACGGAAGUGAUCCUGGUUUACUUAUACUUGACUCGCUGUGGAGAGGUGAGCCUGGCUUACCUGAUAACCCUGUAGAAGUGGCGGAAUUUUCACAGAGAGACUUCUCCACUCCUGGGAAUUCUGAUAAGGGAUUACGUUUUCCACACCUUCCCUCAAAUUCCACUUCCUCUGAGGAAUGUUUACCAACUACUACCCCAGGAAAGACAGGAUUCUCAACCACCACAAAGAAUCAUUUUGAAAGACCGCUCUUUGGCGCCCAUUUACAGAAGUCCUUUGUAAAUAAUGAGUAUGCUGAGACACCAGGGAGAGAAGGAAGAAAUGAAAGCUUUUGUUUCCUGGACAAGGUUCUCACAAGCACGGCUGUGAAGGACCCAAGUAAGCACGCGGCUUCAGCCACCGACCUGGAGAAAAGAGAGCUGUCCGGGAUCCAGGCCGCCUGUGAUGUUGAUCGCUUUGACAUAGACGACUUUGAUGAUGAUGAUGAGUGGGACAGUCUAAUGCAGAAUUUAACAGUCAACAGAUCUCACACAGCUGUCUAUCCGGCCAUUAAGGAAGGGCGGCCAGUUGUGUCAGUUUCAAAAGGAAUUUCUUCAGCCAAGACAAACUGUCUCCCAGUGGCUUCUACCGCUCAAAAGACAAGUUUCUCCGAUUCCGAUUGUAGUGACAAGUCGGAACAAAGUUUUGCAGUCAGAAAUCUGAAUCAUGAGCGUUUCCAAAGUCUCACUUUACCACACACAAAAGAAAUGAUGAAGAUUUUUCAUAAAAAAUUUGGCCUGCAUAAUUUUAGAACUAAUCAGCUUGAGGCAAUCAAUGCUGCACUGCUUGGUGAAGACUGUUUCAUCUUAAUGCCCACUGGAGGUGGGAAAAGUCUCUGUUACCAGCUACCCGCCUGCAUUUCUCCUGGGGUCACUAUUGUCAUCUCUCCCUUGAGAUCACUAAUAGUAGAUCAAGUCCAAAAGCUGACGUCCUUGGAUAUUCCAGCUACAUAUCUGACAGGUGAUAAGACUGACUCAGAAGCUGCAAGUAUUUACCUCCAGUUAUCAAAGAAAGACCCGAUUAUAAAACUUCUCUAUGUUACUCCUGAGAAGAAUGCUGCAGGCUCCUUGUCUUACCCUACAAUAAUUUUUUCCCUUUUAAGCACAGUUAAAAUUUUGAAACCUUGCUGAUUUAGCAUGAGUUUCAACAGACAUAAUCUCAAAUACUAUGUAUUACAAAAAAAACCAAAAAAGGUGGCAUUUGACUGCUUAGAAUGGAUCAGAAAGCAUCACCCGUAUGACUCGGGGAUAAUUUACUGCCUCUCCAGGAGAGAAUGUGACACAAUGGCUGACACGUUGAAGAAAGAUGGUCUCGCGGCUCUUGCUUAUCACGCCGGCCUCAGUGAUGGUGCUAGGGACGAGGUGCAGCACAAGUGGAUUAAUCAGGACGGCUGCCAGGUCAUCUGCGCGACGGUUGCAUUUGGAAUGGGGAUUGACAAACCGGAUGUGCGAUUUGUGAUCCACGCAUCUCUCCCGAAGUCUGUGGAAGGCUAUUACCAGGAAUCCGGCCGAGCGGGCAGAGAUGGGGAAAUCUCUCACUGCCUGCUUUUCUAUACAUAUCAUGAUGUGACCCGGCUGAAAAGACUUAUACUGAUGGAAAAGGAUGGGAACCAGCACACAAAAGCGACUCACUUCAAUAAUUUGUACAGCAUGGUACAUUACUGCGAAAACAUAACGGAGUGCAGGAGAAUGCAGCUCUUGGCUUAUUUCGGUGAAAAAGAGUUUAAUCCUGAUUUUUGUAAGAGGCACCCAGAUGUUUCUUGUGAUAAUUGCUGCAAAGCACAGGAUUUUAAGAGAAGAGAUGUGACUGAAGAUGUGAAAAAUAUUGUAAGAUUUGUUCAGGAACAUAAUGCAUCACAAGGAAUGAGAAAUGUAAAACACGUUGGUCCUUCUGGGAGAUUUACCCUGAAUAUGCUGGUUGACAUUUUCCUCGGGAGUAAGAGCGCGAAGGUUCAGUCGGGGAUAUUUGGGAAGGGAUCCAGAUACUCAAGACACAAUGCCGAAAGACUUUUUAAAAAGCUUAUACUUGACAAGAUUUUGGAUGAAGACCUGUACAUCAAUGCCAAUGACCAAGCAAUCGCCUAUGUGAUGCCCGGAGCAAAAGCCCAAACUGUGCUAAAUGGACAUUUAAAGGUAGACUUUAUGGAAACGGAAAACUACAGCAGUGUGAAAAAGCAGAAAGCUUUGGAGGCCAAGGUCUCUCAGAGGGAAGAGAUAGUUAAGAAAUGUCUUGGAGAGCUUACAGAAGUCUGCAAGUCACUGGGGAAGGUUUUCGGUGUCCAUUACUUCAAUAUUUUUAAUACUGCUACUCUCAAAAAGCUUGCAGAAUCUUUAUCUUCUGAUCCUGAGGUUUUGCUUCAAAUUGAUGGUGUGACUGAAGACAAACUAGAAAAAUAUGGUGCCGAAGUGAUUCCAAUAUUGCAGAAAUACUCUGAGUGGACACUGCCAGAUGAGGACAACUCCCCCCGGAGGAGCCUGACCAGCAGCAGAGGCUCCGGGAGAGACGCCUCUGAGGAACUAGAUGAGGAAGCUCCUGUAUCUUCUCACUAUUUUGCAAGUAAAACCAGAAAUGAAAGAAAGAGGAAAAGGAUGCCAGCCUUCCAGAGGUCUAAAAGGAGAAAGAGUGGUUACGGUGCAAAAGGAGGGUCCACCACGUGCAGAAAGACAAAAUCCUCGGACACAUUUGGCUCCAGCUCAGCGUGCCUUGGUUCUCCGCCGACUUCAGUAGCCAGUAGGAAACUGGGGAUUAUGGCUCCACCAAAACCUAAAAAUAGACCAUUUCUUAAGCCUUCAUAUGCAUUUUCAUAA